AUUAAACAUGAUACUAACCCAUAUUGGGAAUAUUUUUUUUCUAAAAGGAGGGAAUAUAUAAUCUUUUUACUUGAGUACCAAAAUCAAUAUAAUUAAUUAAAUAAUAAUGUACAUGUGUGUGUAGUACCACCUAUAAAUAAAAGUGGCCAUACUUUCCCUGUCUCACCUCACACACAUGACACACCCACCUUUCCCAUUCUAUUCCCUCCCUCUUUCUACUCCCACUUUCUUCUAUUUUCUUUGAUUUUUUGUUUUUGUUUUUGCUCUUCUUCACUCUUCCGCCGCUAGGGAAGCUUACUUUUCCCUGCCUGGUCCGCCGCCGUCGCCGUCGCCGGGAGGGAGAUAAUAUAUAUAUUCUUACUAUAUAUGGAGAAGCUGAGCUUUGUGAAGAACGGAGUGAUGCGGUUGCCGCCGGGGUUCCGGUUCCACCCCACCGACGAGGAGCUCGUGGUACAGUACUUGAAGCGCAAGGUACUCUGCUGCCCUUUGCCCGCCGCCGUCAUCCCCGUCUUUGACCUCUGCAAAUCCGAUCCCUGGGAUUUGCCAGGGGAUAAGGAGCAGGAAAGGUACUUCUUUAGCACGAGGGAGGCCAAGUACGCGAACGGGAACCGGUCAAGCAGAGGGACGGCGUCCGGGUACUGGAAGGCCACCGGAAUAGACAAGCAGAUCGGGAGUUGCAGAGGCGGCGUUGUUGGGAUGAAGAAGACCCUCGUUUUUUACCACGGCAAAGCCCCCCGUGGCGCCCGCACCGACUGGAUCAUGCACGAAUACCGCCUCGCCAAUGCCCCCAUCAACCACAAGGAUGACUGGGUGCUCUGCCGGAUAUUCUUGAAGAAGAGGGCAGGGGCGAAGAAGAAUGAAGGAGAAGAGAUGAACAAGACACCGUUGAAGCCAAUUUUCUACAAUUUCAUGGAGAGAGAAAGGGCGGAUUUGAAUCUAGCUCCGGCAUCGUCGUCUUCGUCUGGGUCCAGUGGAAUAACAGUCGUUUCGGCAUUUAAUCGAACAGUUGACGAGCACGAAGAGGAGAGUAGCAGCUGCUGCAACAGUAGUGUCAAGAGAAAACCUUAUUAGCCUCGAAUCUCCCCACUUAUUCUUCUUCUUCUUCUUCUUCUUGUUGAUUAUUAUUACAGUACUAUAACCACCUGCAGAAGAAUAAGUAAUAACCAGCUCGAUGUUGUUUUGUCCAACCCCCCUAUUUCAGUCUCUUCCAGAUUCCAGUUAAAAAAAAAAACAGAGACAAAAAAGAGUGGGCUUCCAGUUCACAGUGUUAAUAUAAUGUAUCUGUACUAAAAUGGGGUUAAAACU